AUGCUGCUCUACGGAUUCGUCAUUCCUUUAAUCCACUUUCUUGCACGGGCCCAUUCCGUGACCGCAAUUGGCGUCCUGCUUCCAUUAUACGUCUACCCAGGCACCAACUGUGCAGCUUGGAGCGCUGUCAACAGCGCCAUCUCUAGUCAUAUCUCAACACAAUGGUACAUUAUCAUCAAUCCCAACUCCGGCCCCGGGAAUACCGACACACUUUACCAAGGAUGUGUGGCCUCUCUUGCUUCCUCCAACAACCGGAUAACCAUGGGGUACAUUAACACGCGCGGAAGUAAUGUCGAAGACGACAUCAAUAAAUAUGCAAAUUGGCCAGUGAACGCGCGUCCGAAAGGGAUUUACUUCGACUUCAUCAGCCCUACUUCAGAUAACCUCAAUAUGUACACGAAAUAUGUGUCAUUCGCAAGGGGGAAAGGCUUCUCGUUCAUUGGUUUGGACUCUGGGCAGAAUGUCCCUGACGGCUACCUUGCCCUCGGAAAUCUCAUCAACACAUAUCAGGCGUCGUACUCUUCAUUCCAGGCUUCGUCGCUCACCGGUUCGCUCUCCAAACAGUCGAUAACUCUGGAGAAUGCACCAGCCUCAGACUCCUACAGCACUAUUAUCAAGCAGCUGGAUAGUAUGGGCGUCGCUGCUGUGUAUAUCACAAACGAGGGCGAUUCCAGUCAAGCAAUUCCCGCUCGUUUCAGCGCAUUUGUUGACGAAGUUGCGAAUCCUGGCACUUCUUUCGGUGGCAACCCCCCUCCUGUAAAUCCCGCAGCUCCAACGACGUCAGGCAACAACAACAACAGCAAUCCGCCUCCAAAUUCAUCGAAUCCCGUUCCCACACAACCACCCUCCCAUAUUAGCCUUAGCUCACCCUCGACUACGCCGAAGGGCACUGAAAAUUCUGGUCCCUCCCAACUUGAAGAUGCUGCAUCCAGGUCUUCGACGGCGAAUGCGCCCGGCAAGACGUUCAAAUCCGAUUCGCCCGGCUCAUCGCCAGAUGAGAACUCCAAUCAAGAUGGAGGUAAUACGGGCUCUGGUUUGACAGCAACCCACCACAGUCCACCGGUGGCUGCUAUUGUUGGAGGAAUUCUCGGUGCCGCUGUGGUGAUCCUUUGUCUAUUCCUUGUUGCACUUUAUCUGCGCCGGCGAAAAGGACGGUUUGAGGAAUCUGGGUCUCCUCGCAAUAUUGCUCCCUUUACUACGGAACCGCGCCGUCAGAUGUCAAUAAUUACAGACACCGUCACGGAUGGUGUGUUUACCAACCGAGGCUCAGUUACACCAGACACCAGCCCGGAGGAAUCGUCAGCAGGAGCGCCUAUGCCGCCUUCGCGUCGUUAUCAAACCCAACAGUGGACUGCGGACAUCAAGCAACCCAUUCCCGAGGAUGCCGCCUCAGCCAGCUAUCUCCCUAGCUCAUCUGCUCAACUACCAUCAAGACCCGAAUCUAGCGACCCCUUCGCUGAUCUUGAAGCAGCCACGGUACAAACCCCAACACGAACCUCUUUCAUUUCCGCAUUUUCCGCCUACACCGCAUUGAGUGGUUCGACUAUCCCGGCCUAUCCCGGUGCCAACACGAAUAGUGCGACCACGCGUGAUUCAAUGCCGCCACCCGCCUAUGCUUAA